AUGUGCAAACGGCUCGGCCAGUUGCUGCCGUCAGCGAUAGCUUGGUCGUUGAUCGUGAUUUGUACUCUUUGUUUUUACUAUUUUCUUGCGCCUGCCGUUGCCGUACGAUGGGGUUGGUACGGAUGGACCUUAUGUGGUGUCGAUCUCAUCAUUUUCCUUAUGGUGAUCUCGAACCUGAUUAUGGCGAUGUGCAUGGAUCCAGGCAUUCAUCCUUACGGGUAUGCAACUGAGGAGAUGAUGACGGACGACUUUCGUUCUCCAUUAUAUAAGAACGUUGAAAUUAACGGUAUCACCGUGCGUAUGAAAUGGUGUGUGACGUGUCAGUUCUAUCGACCACCCAGGUCGAGUCACUGCUCCGUUUGCAAUCGGUGGGUAAUAUUUUUGUUCGAACUGUAA